UUACUAACGUCAUUUCAAAGAUUUACAAAACUCGCUUUAUUUUUUCCAUGGAAACACGCAGUAAAUAAACACUCGCUGAAUGUUUAUUUAUUAUGUGCGUUUCGAAAUCGCCAAUCUGCAUGCAUUUGAGCAUGAAGGUCUGCCUUCUAUGCAAUGCCCGGAAAGAUUCCCCGCUUCCUUUGAGAAGGAAUACGAUAUUAUUGAGCCCAGUGCCUGGAUAGGAGUCGAACUAGGAUGAUUUCUGGUUUUACUACGUCAUCCUUGGUGUCAAUUUCAGGAAUGAGGUAGAGACACUGCUCUGACGUUCUCUUCAGGACAGGGGGUUCGGCCUACUGUGCUCUCAGGUGUCUCCUCACGAACACCCUAAACACAACCAGCAUUUUCUUGCAUUUUUUUGUUGCCAUUUCCAGCUCUCUUCCACCUUUUGCCCCUCCCUUCCCUUCUGUUUUAUCCUAAAGGCGGAUCAGAGUAACAGUGAAACAGAAGGAAGCAGAUGUCCUAUUGCGAUCUUUCCUAAACAGAUAGCAAAAGUGGACCAGACACACACAUACAUACUUUUACUCAGCUAGUCAGUCACCCUCCAUGCAUCAGUGACAGAACAAUAGAGACGAAGGGCUGUCCAAACUAGGAAACAGCAACAGCUGUGCGAAUUGCUAGUUGUGAAAGUAGGUUUGUGUGUGUGUGUAGCAGUAGAAGGAAGGCAUUAACAUCUCUACACACCUAGCUUAGUGGUGGAAUGUGUACCGCAAGACCAACAGACUGAUCCCAUGAUGAUGAUGCUGCUGUCUGGAGCCUAGAGUGCAAUUCCACAGGAAUCAACAACGGCUCUUUACUAAAGUGUGGAUUGUAAGGAUAUUCUAAAUGUCUCUGAGUAGAUUUAGCUUUGGGACAACAAUGAACGUAAUAGUUAUUACAUUCAUUCUCCAUGUUGCUUUACUAGUUGCAAACCUUACCGACCUCUAGUAUUUAUUGAUAUAUUAUUGCAUCAUGCAGGUUCUAGAUCUGAAUAUUAACAAUCUGUAUGAUGGUUUAAUGUCACUCCUUCCCUCAGGCCUAAAAUGUGUCGGUGUCCUCCAUGCAAAUACUGGUGGCACACUCUGAAAGGGAAGAAGUAAAGUAUUAAGGUAUUUAAAAUGACCAUACAUCUGCUUUGCACGGCUCCGAGGUUUUAUCUUUUAAAUAGUCUAGCAAAAAGUGCUUUGAAAAAUGUAAUGCACUCAUUGCAUAACUGUUGAUGCUAAUGACAAAAUUGAGAUGCAAUAUUGUAUAUAUUGAAAAAUCCAUAAUCCUUAAUAUAAACACGACACCCACUAUGCUCAUGUUGUUGUGAAAGUGGUCUGUGUUCAGUGGAUUCUGAGGAACACAUAGGAAAUAAAGUUAAUUGAUCAUUUUGUUCCCCAUUCUUUCCCCAACAGAGCAGUAGUACCGUUUUCAGAGCAGGGUCUAGAAUGAAAACGUUCUUUGCCUUUUGCAUGAAUAAUUACCAAGUGAGAAGUGAGGACCCACACAGGAAAUGUGGUCAAGACCGUUAGGAAUGGUAGCUAUGAAACAUGACUAGAAUAACAAAUAUGCACAUUGAAUGUAGAAACAAGAGUGGUAUCCAACGAGGAAAUGGUUAAACUUUAAAUAGGAAGAAAGGGUUAGGGUUAGAAGGGAAGUACUCAACACAUGCUAAAUUAUGUUUCUUGAGACAUGAGGGUGGAUACUGUCCUUUGGACGUUUAUGUGUGUGGUCAUAUUUCCUCAGCUUAGUUACUGUGCCCUUGGAGCAUGAAGACCACAAGAAAGUCAGUUUAACUGUUCAGCAACAAAACCUCUCCAAACCCCACCCUCUCAGACUAUCUCUCAAUCACCGGCUCUUUCUUGUGUUCCUUCUUGCCAUCUCACGCACACAACACUUGAGUGUUUUUUCGUUCAUGUCAGGAAGUACGCAUGGCGCUUUAAUAAAAACGUAAGUGCACAUCAUAUCCGCAAUGCCAAUGCAAACAGUGGGACGCUAGUCAAAGAUUCCGCUAAAGAUUGGAUACAUUUGAUUUACCGUUGGUAAGUUAAAUCUACAAGGGAUGGUUGUUUAUUUGUGCGUAAUGCUACAUUUCAGAGUUGUGAUGUUUUUUUUUUAACUUGUGUUAGCUAGCUUUUUUAUGCUACUAUUAACUAGCAUUUCUUUACAUUCACAUUUGUAGGACCCUAAGCAAUGAGGUAAUGUUGUUUUCCCCUUUCUGUGUUGUGCGUAUCUUCACGUUUUCUUUGUAUUCUUGUGUGAGCAUUAGUGUUUUCACCAUCCUAUGUCUUUGAGGUUACUCAAACAGACACUUAAAUAAGACAAAAGGUUUUUAGAAUGGUGUCACCUACAGAUCCCCAUUAUUUGUGUUUGGGUCACAUGACUUCACUUUUAUCUUAAUGUCCUUUGUCUUCAAUGGGCUAUGUUACUUCUGGUCAUAGUAUACUUGUAGAGGUUCUAUACAUGAUAUAUUCCUGGCGGCAGUAGAUGACCGGGACAGCUCAUUUCUAUUUAAUUCCCACAGCUCUCCACGAGAGACCCUGGACGUCAAGCACCAGCCCAGCGCCCACGCCCAUGGAGCAGGCCUGCUGCCCCUCCUCUCUACCAGAUGAGGGAGAACCCCACCUCCAGAAGGAACCGGAGCCCGUAGACCCCCCUCUGCAGGUCAACGGAGCGGAGCCAAAAGAGGAGGCGGGGAUCGGGGGAUUGGUGCACGGCGGUCAUCUGGGGAAAGCGGAAGCUCAAGAGGAGGCGGAUCCAUGGGAGACGAUGGCCUGCCCAGUGUACACCAUGACCCGCACCUCGGCCGCCCUCUCCUUCGCCACCGUGCUGUGGGACAUGCCCGGGGACCGCCCGGACGCCUGCCACCCGGACCCAAUGGACGAAGAGGAGGAAGAGGAGGUGAUGGCCGGUCUGGAGGACAGUCCCACGCUUCGGCCUUCCAAAGGCGUAUGCGCCGAGCGGCGAGGGCCACCGGACAUCGCUUGGGAGCGGGACGGGUUGGACAAGUCUGUGGAGAACGGAGCAGAUAUUUCCGGGUCAUAUGACGUGGCUGGCGAGGAGCAAGAGAUGCAGGAAGUGAAACAUCCGGUGCUGCGGUCUUCAGAGUGUGUUAGCGAAGCCAUAAAGAGUCCAGAUUUAGCGAACGAGGAGAAGGAGGUAGUGCUAGGAAGACCGGCUGCUGCGACUCCUCCUGCUAAUGCCCUGCCUUUCCCUGAGGAGGUUUUCUGCUCCGGCCCUGAGGAACCAGAGCCAUCAUUCGUCUACAUGACCUCACUGGCUCCUUGCUCCCAGGUCGCGCCCCAGGAGCCCCCCAUGAGCUCUGCGGAGGGAGAGGGAGAUGGGGAUCAAUCUGAUGAAGAGCGCGACCAUCCCCAGACCGCCUGUUCUGUGUGCACUAGUCGGGGUGGCGUGGAAGCGCGUGGGGAGACGAUGCUAGCAGACAGGGCAGGGCAAGCCAGGCAGACGCAUCCACAAGUUAUGAGUUCAGAAGCUUUUUUUUCAAGUGCGAAGCAGUGCUUGCAACGACAAGUCAUGGACGCAAAGGAGGAACUACAAGAAUGGCCAGAGAUAGCGCUCACCGAUGACGACACAGAAACAAAACCAUGGCACGAGCUGUCAGAAGGGUUCUACUUACAGGGGAGCGAUUUAGGAGUGGGAACGUCUGCCUCUCUUCAGAGGGUCUUGGAGAACAGUCAAUAUCUGUUAGACCAGUCGGCUGAGCAUCUGACAUCUGAUGGAUCACGGCUGUUGAAAGCCCGACCCUCGAAGUUACCCCAACACAGAAGGGGUGAUCAGCUGGAGCACAUGGGACAACUGGCUGAGCUCGACCCGUUGGGUGAACCACAACAAGAGGAGGCGUCACCUGAGGUCACGACGGAUGAUGAGAUGGAACGUUCCGAACAACAUCAAGAGGGAGCUGUGUUAGUAGAGUUAGGACUUGGAGUUGGAGGAGGAGGAACUGAAACCAAGGAGGAUGGAGUUACGGAGAUGGAAAUGACCAGAGUUUUGUCAAAUCCCUCGUGUCUAGAAUCUGAUUCAGAAGGUGACCAGGCCGCUGAGCCGGUCCCGAAGCCACAGAGACCGGAACACUGUGUCGCUGAAUCACAGGGGUCGCCCCUGAGGAUGGCCGUGGGGACUGAGUUUGUUUCAGUAGAGCGACCCAUGGACCAAUCACAGCAGACCCACCAGGAGGCAGAAUGUUCUUUGAGCUCCGGGGCCCCGCCCACCAACACCGAUCCACUGGAGCUGCACUUGAACGGGGGAGGUGUGGACCGGCAGAAGGCCCGGCGGCUGGCCCAGAGGCUGUACCAUCUGGAGGAGGUCCAGCGCGUGGACGUGGUCGGACACAUGGACAAAGACGAUGACUUCAGCAGGGCAGUAGGAGAGGAGUUUCUGUGCUUCUUUGACUUCAGCAGCCAAACGUUGGACAACGCCCUAAGGUCUUUCCUGAAGGAGGUGGUUCUUGUAGGGGAGAGCCAAGAGAGAGAGAGAGUUCUGCAACAUUUCUCCACUCGCUUCCAUCAAUGCAACCCUGAGGUCUCUUCCUCUCCAGGGUCAGUGCUAACCCUCACCUGCGCUAUGAUGCUCCUCAACACUGAUUUGCAUGGACAGAACGUAGGAAAAGCCAUGUCCACCUCCAGUUUUGUGUCCAACAUGGAGGGAAUGAAUGAUGGCCAGAACUUCAACAAGGACCUGCUUAAAAGCUUCUACAACUCCAUCAAGGGCGAACCACUGCAGUGGGCUCUGGAUGAAGAGGAGCUGAAGAUGCUGUCCGUGCAGCAGGGUGAGGACCUGAAUGAGGGGGGGCUGCGCUCAAAGAGCAACCCCUUCCAGGACGUCCCCCACGACAAGACGGCCCGUGUGUUCAAGCAGGGCUUCCUGCAGCGCAAAGCCCACGCCGACAUCGACGGAAAGCGCACUCCGUGGGGUAAGAGGAGCUGGAAGACGUUCUACGGCGUGCUCAAGGGACUGGUCCUCUACUUCCAGAAGGAUGACUACAGGAAGGGGAUGCAGGGGGAGGAGGAAGUGGUCAGUGUGCACCACGCGCUGGCCGAGGAGGCCGCCGACUACACCAAGAAGCCUCACGUGUUCCGCCUGCAGACGGCCGACUGGAGGGUAUUCCUGUUCCAGGCCUCGUCGAAGGCGGAGAUGAGCUCGUGGAUCUGCCGCAUCAACCUGGUGGCCGCGCUCCACUCUUCCCCUCCCUUCCCGGCCGCCGUGGGCUCCCAGAAGAGGUUCACCAGACCCAUCCUGCCCGCCUCGCAGUCUGCUCAGACCCUGGAGCGUCAGCUGCACUCCCAUGCCGGCAUGCUGGAGUCGUUUGAUAAGGACCUGAGCUUCCUGCAGGAGAGUGCCUCGGACGGCCGCAAGGCCCGGGCUCGGGACCUGGAGGAGCAGCGCCUCCGGGAGGAGUACCUGCUGCAUGAGAAAUGUCGGUACGAGGGCUACAUGGCCGUGCUGGAGGCGUGGAGAAGCUUGGACCUCCUGGACGGCGCUACUGUCGGGGACACAGAACUCAGACUUCUGGACCGAGCCAUGUUUAGAAACUUUCUAGAGGACAUCGAAGAGGAGAGUGAGGGGCUGGGAAUGAAGAAGUCUGUCUCCAGCCCCUCUCUGGAGUUUGAGAUGGUGCCCCCGCUGGUCAAAGUAAGGCGCAACGUCUCAGAAAGACGGACUUGCCGCAGGAAUAUCAUUGCUCGGCGAAACAAAGAGCUCUGAGUGACUUUAAACUAAAAGUGUUGACCGUCUUUAGUAAACUGUGUACAAGAGCCAUAGGGAUUAGGUGUUGUUGCUUUGUAGCAAUGCAUUUAGGGUACUGUAGUCUUUAGAGAUUUAGUUAGGGACUAGUCUGAUUGAGGCAUAUGGGAUUCAUCUGUCCACCGUUGUAAGUUUGACUUUGAAAUGCAAGUAUUUUAGUCAUAUUUUAUACAUUUCUUCUUGGUUUGCACUUUUACAAAAAAGAACCUCAAAAACUAGUUUUUUAUUUUAUUUUGAAUAACUCGAAAAUUGAAAUGGACCUAAAUAGUUCAGUUGUGUUUACGUGGUUUCAUAAUUGUUAGUAACUAGUAACGUGUUUGACCACUAGAGGGGGCCGUAACAUAGGAAAUAUCUUGAAAUGAAGUUGACGGUACAAGGUGUGGUUGGAAUGAUAUUUACCUUUAUUUUGUUACAUUUUAAAUGGUCUUAAUUGAUUGUUGCGAUUUGAGAGCUUAUAUAUUUUUAUAUUUUUUGAGCAUCUGUUAUAAACCAGUUCCUGUUACAACUGUGUAGUUCAUAUUGAAGGCUUCAUAACCUUUAACCCCUCUUGUCCAAUCAUAGAAAAUAAAAACAAAUAUUACAAAUAUAUUUUUUAGAUUUAUCAUUUUAAGUCGAAAAAUAGACUGAAAUUUAGUUAACCAUAAAAUAAUCAGUAAAUAUAUUUAUAAUCUAUUUAUAGCAUAUACAUUUGUGAUCAUAUGGUUCAGUAUGACAUUCAUUUAACUAUAACCUCUCUAUGUAGGACCUCCGUUUUCAUCAUGAUUGUGUGUGAUCUCUGUAGUGGCACAGUCCCCAUUUUGUUCUCUUGUCAGCAUGAUGAGCAGUGGUCAGCCAGGGAUGACUGACAAUAAGAACAGGAUGUCUACCACCCCUGUAGAGAGAGAGAGACACACACACACACACACACACACACACACACACACACACACACACACACACACACACACACACACACACACACACACACACACACACACACACACACACACACACACACACACACACACACACACACAGAUUCCAUGUUAAUGUCCCCGUCCAGCAUUAAACGCAGGAAUGUGGUUGGACAAUAGGAAACGCAAGGCAGAGCAUACACAAUACAGACGCACCGUCCCGCUGUAAGCUCCAUAGUGCCUUAGUGCCCAGAGCAACACAUCGAAACAAGCCCUCCUUCAGAGUAGGUACUGUCUGGACUAGUCCUCCUCAUAAAUAUACUGUUUACAAAAGCAGUGGUAGCCUAUAGGGCUUGUUCAUCAUAAUGCAUCGUGGGAUUUUUGGUUUGGCGAUACUCCACCAUUUUGAGAGGACUCGAGAGUUUUGAAGGACUGUACAAUAUUAAAUCAAGGUAAAUAUACCAAAACCUAAGCUAAUGAAAACUUUGUUUUGCCACGUCUCGCAUGAGAAACACUGGAAGUUUCACACAUAACAUAUCUCCCAAUAAUGACUAAUCAUUUUAUGAUUAAUUUCUAUACAAUGAGCAAUAAAACAUGACCAACUUAAUCAGUAACCUUCCAAUGCUCCUAUGUUUCCAAAAUGGAGGCGAUCACUGUGAUGUGAGGUCACGAUUUACCUCCCUCCCAUGAAUGGAAUGCAUGGAAAUCCGCCCUCCCAUGAUUCCCCAAGGAUUUAUGGAAGGGCGGUAAUUCGUGACCUCACACCUGACCUCACAUCCCAUGGAUUCAUGGGAUUAAACACCUAUCACAAUUUGCUUCCAUUGAUUCAUGAAUUCAAAUAAUGCAAUGCAAACUACUCCAUUUCAAUAUAUAUUUUUGACAAAUAAUGCUGUUUUUCCUGUGUGAUCUCUAUGAGCCUGUAGCCACAUAGGAUCCUUAUUUAGGAUACUUAGGAUACUUAUUGAACUGUUUACAGUCUGCUCUGUGUGAAACUUUGCAACAUGGAUCAUUAUCCCCACAACUUUAAACAGUUGUGUCUUGGAUAUGUGGUUGGAUCAUUAUUGUUUUGUCACUCAUGACCUUGGAUAUGCUGCCAUCUGACUUUUAACAAGGUGUAUUGCUUUUUACAAACACCUGUUCUAGAGGCAAAACAAAGAAAGCCAAAUCCAUGUCUGGAGGAACAACAGACAGGGGGCUGAGCGUCGGUUGGUUGGGAUGGGUAAAUGAGGAUGGGGCCAAGCUCUAUAUUCACCAAUAUGGAGGAACAAUGUCUCAUUAAGGCCAUGUCCACUCCUCACAAUACGAUCAGAAUACCCCCUCUCAUUGUAAAAACGCAUCGAGCUGUAGAAACGGUGUACAAAUUCCAGGCCUAUAUACUACAGAACUCCACCUAAAAAAGAAGACGAGGCGGAGCAUGCGCAUGAAGCCUGUGUGCUGUAUACACGCAUACAGUCGAGGAGGGGAAACGGAAACAUUUUAGAUUGAGCUGAAAAUAGUUUUUAUUACGUACAGUUAUUUACCAAGGGGCUGGAUUUAAAGAUACAAAAAUAAUACAAAUCAAAUUAAACAACAAAUUAGACGGAAAUCUAAAAUUCACAUUAUCUGGUCAGAGUUAGAUGGAGGAGGGCGUCACUGAACCCCCCGGGGCUGGGCUGCACCUUGUUGGAUGAGGCCGUUGGUGUCUGUAUGUGAGAAUAAAAAGAGACAGCUUAACCCAAAUGAAAUGUUAUUUGGUGACUGACUUGUGUGGGAACCCUUAAGAUCGGAUUUAGGAUUCGUCCGAUGAAGGUAUGAAUGUUUUUACCAAGGUU